UUGAUCUGUUGUUAAUAACACAAUUAAUAUUAAUGAGAGUUUUUAUUGUUUAAAAAAAGCAAAUAAAUAAAAAAAAAAAAUGAGUGGAAUCCUGAGAAUAGGUUUGCGUCUUGUUGGACCAACAAGAUGUAUUCCAAAUAAUAACACAACGAAAUGUCUACAAUCCAUGUGCCACGUGAGAAAUGGUUUUAGUCAAGCAACAAAAAAUUCAAUUGCAUCAGCUCAGAAAAAAUGGACUGGAUAUUGGAAAAAGAUAUGUACUGUUACAACAAAAACUUUAUUGUAUUCUAGCCCAAUAACAAUUUUUGUUGCUAACUUCUUUUAUGAAGCGAUUCAAGAAGAUUCUAGAUUUUUGGCAGAUUGUGACAUGAUUGGUUUACCUGAAGGAGAACAAUUAUUAAAGUAUUCUAUAAUUCCAUCAAAAAUUAUUACGUCUAGUGUAUUAUUCAAUGAGGGUGUAAUAAACAUUAAAACACAAGACGAUGGAAAAACUUUUACUAACGAGAACACACGUAAUUUAAUAAUUAGCGAAGAAUUGGAUGCAAACAUACAAGAGCCAUUUUUUAAAGGAAAACCAAUAGCAAUAAAAGUUGGUAAACUUGAUGGAUUACUUGAUAAUGGUAAAUUAACAUUGAAAACAAAAGAAGGUGAUACAACAUUCACUUUCCAUCACACAGUGAACCUUGAAGUCAAAAAAACGUCUGAAACUUUAGAAAAUGAAAUAGCUGCUAAUCAAGAAGAACAACCUGAAAUAAUACCAUCGAAAAUUGGUAAAUUUAAUUUAUUAGUUCCUGGUAAUGAAAUGACCUUAAAAACACCAGAAAGUGAAAAAAAAUGGACAGCCAUUAACAAGUGUAUUUACUCUGACCCCAAUGAUCCCUUUGAUCCGAGGUUACCAGUAUACAACGACUUGUUUCCAAUAACUGGAAAUUUUAGUGUCUCAUCUGAUGCUACAGUAAAAAUACAAGAAGAUGAAAAUGAUGAAGUUUUUUAUCUCAAACAGAAUGUGAAUAUUGAAUGUGACAAAAAAUUGGAUGAAAAUUCACAAAAUAAACUUCCUGCUGAAAAAGAACUCCCAGGAGAUGAAACUGCUACUGAAAAUUUAUCAAUGAAACAUAUAUUAACUGAAGAAAUAAAAACAUGUGAAGUCACAAUUGAUACUGGUUCAGUACUAUUCCGAGCACAAGAUGGUAAACAAAUGGCUGUUCGACAGUUACUCAACAUCAAAGUUUACGAAGAUGGUGGAAAAACAUAUCUCAAUUGGCUGCCACACUUAGCGGUGCUUCCAGUUGAUCCAACGGUUAAAAGUUUUUAUAAACAAUAG